GGCCGCCCCGGCCUGUCAGUCGGAAAGGCCAAGUUCCAUUGCGGGAUCGCCUCGCUCCGCGAGCCGGGCUUGGCUGCUGCUGCUGCUGCUGCCGCGGCGGCUGCGGGGGAGCUGGCCGGCUGCUGCUGGGGCUGAUGGAGAAGUGAUGCUGGCUACCGGGAACCGGGCGGCAGCAGCGGCAGGACCAGGACCAGCCGUGGGAGCCCAGCUGACCCCUCCGUGCUGCCAGCCGGGCGAAGAACAGCAAAGCCAGCUGGUUUAUCAAUAUGCAACCAGCACCUGUUCAAUACGAGGUGGAGAAGGCGAGAUGAAAAAUGGCACAGAAUGAAGAAUUAUGAAAUUAUGGGCAUGGCACAGCUAAGCAAAGAAGAGCAAUUAAUGAAGAGAGAAAAAUGGAACAUUUUCUAAGUUGGCACUGUACUCCCUGUGACGGCAGAUCUGAAGUCAACUUGAGAACUUCAUCGAGUGAGGAAUGUAGGGGCCACAUUCUUAGUGAUGUUCCUGAAGGAAGCAAAUAACUCCUACAUGCUCUAAACUGCACUGGUUUCCAGCGUCUUACAAAAUGCAAUUAUGCACUUCAGAAUAAUACCAUAAAGGAUCAUCAUUUUAAUCAGCUAUUGACUACAGUUUGGGGACCAUACAUAGAUUCCACGCGUUGCUGCUUUUUAUAUGAAAUAAAUGAAAAUUCCAAGAAAUAGAAGCUGCUGCUAUACAAAGAAAGAAAAGACAAAGUAUCUUCAGGGUUAAUAUCCUCCAACUGAUAUCCAUGAACAAUUACACAGUUAUUUUUCUAUAUCGAACUUUAAGGUUUGUUAAUAAUAUGCUGCCUUUGCGGGACACAGAGGUGCUAAUGGUAAGAAGGCUAUUUAUUCACUAUACUGAAUAGAAGAGCUACAGAAACAAUGGCUUCCAAGGUCUCAUGUUUAUAUGUUCUGACAGUAGUUUGUUGGGCAAGUGCUCUUUGGUAUUUAAGUAUAACUCGUCCUACUUCUUCCUACACUGGCCACAGACACUUCAAUACCAUAUCAAUAGCCAGGAAAAAUGUCUCCUUUGGUAAUAUAAGAACUCGACCUAUAAAUCCACAUUCAUUUGAUUUCCUUAUAAAUGAGCCUAAUAAGUGUGAGAAGAGCAUCCCUUUCCUAGUCAUUUUGAUCAGCACGACUCACAAAGAAUUUGAUGCAAGACAAGCGAUUCGCGAGACGUGGGGAGAUGAAAACAACUUUAAAGGCAUUAAAAUAGCCACUCUCUUCCUUCUUGGGAAGAAUGCAGAUCCUGUAUUAAAUCAGAUGGUAGAGCAAGAAAGUCAAAUUUUCCAUGACAUUAUUGUGGAGAACUUCAUUGACUCUUAUCAUAACCUUACUCUUAAAACGUUAAUGGGUAUGAGGUGGGUGGCUACAUUUUGUUCAAAAGCAAAGUAUGUUAUGAAGACAGACAGUGAUAUUUUUGUAAAUAUGGAUAACCUUAUUUAUAAACUGCUCAAACCCAACACCAAGCCAAGGAGAAGGUACUUUACUGGUUAUGUCAUCAAUGGAGGACCAAUAAGGGAUGUCCGCAGUAAAUGGUACAUGCCCAGAGAUUUGUAUCCUGAUAGCAAUUAUCCACCGUUCUGUUCAGGCACUGGCUACAUUUUUUCAGCUGAUGUAGCAGAACUGAUUUACAAAACCUCCCUCCAUACCAGACUUCUUCAUCUUGAAGAUGUGUAUGUGGGACUCUGUCUUCGGAAGCUUGGCAUUCACCCUUUCCAAAACAGUGGCUUCAAUCACUGGAAGAUGGCCUAUAGCUUGUGUAGAUAUCGCAGAGUGAUCACAGUGCAUCAGAUAACUCCAGAAGAAAUGCACAGAAUUUGGAACGACAUGUCAAGCAAGAAGCAUCUCAGAUGUUAAGAUUUUUACAGAUGUAAAUACUUUUUUUUUUAAUUUUGGCAGAAAGGAAUCGGAUAAUUUAUAGGCAAAUUAACUUUGAGGAGGGUUUUAAUAACUGCUUUUGCAUUCUUGUCUUGACUCCUGGUUUGCACCCUUCAGACUCUAUUCAUAAAGACAUUACAAAACUUAAAGGGGCCAGAGUCAAAUCUCAGAAUCAUUGCUCCCUAUCACAACUUUUAAAAAAAUCAGCUCUUGCACCUGUAUGUAUAAGAACAGUAGUAGUUAACCAGAGCUGCAUAACAAUUCAUGCCCAUGCAUCUGAGGUGAGAGUCUGGCCCUAAAAAAUGAAGAAUCAUGUUAACAUCUUUAUCUCAUCCUCACAAGCUAUAAGUGUCUCUUUUUAGGGUUCUAUUCAUAAAUAUACACACAAAUAUAAAAAAAUAUACUCAGUGUGUGCAUUUACAGCUUGAGUGCUAUCUUUGCACUGAUUUAUACACCUAUAUUGGCAUGUACAUUUUACUAUACAGUAUGUGCAGUUUAAAAAGCAGUUUAUUGCUGGCAGAAAGGCAGAAUUUAAACAAGUGUGAAUAUAACAUUGAAAAUGAAAAUAGUGUAGGUCUAAGAAACAACGCUACCUGCCUGAAAGUUAUUUAUUUAAUAAAACCACAUAACUCCCCCUAACUAAAAGAGCCCUAUCUAAUAUAAUCUUACAAUGAAAUAUAAUUUGUGUGUGAAAUACAAGACAAAGAAAAUGUCUGCAACAAAAAAUAAAAAUAAAAUAAAAUGUGUAUUUGGGAUAAAGGUACUUAAUAUACUUCAACAUUUUCUUUUUAAAGCAAGUGCAGCAUAUCUCCUUCGGACGUGUAGAGAUAUAUAUGCACUAACAGCAAUACUAUUGUGGUACAGUAUUAUUGGAAUAGACAGUAUUAUCACCAAUAGAAUUUUCAUAAAUUAUAGUGUCUGCCAGAGCAAAUAUGUAAUUUUAUUGAAUAAUGAAAAAUAUCAAUAAAAUAAUCCUUUCCUACUGUCUUACUGAUUAGAAAGUCUUUGACUAGACUAAACUAGUCUAUGUGAAACAAAGACUAAACUAGUCUUUGUUUCACAUGUGGAGCUCCCAGUGAAGUCAUUAUUAAUCCAAGAAGUCACUGAGGCCCAAUUCAGGAAAGCAUCUCAACUCAGGACAGCCCUUAAGCACACGCUUAACUUUAAGUAUGGGAUUGAAGUCAGAGAGGCUCAAGAACAUUCUUAAAUGUUAAAUACAUUCUUAAGUGCUUUCCUGAAUCAGGGCCUGGGAGCUGAGCACACACAGAUCCCAGGGCAGAAUUUGGUCUUCAGACUACAUAACAUGUGUCUUCUUAAUUUAAAUUUUCCCCUCUAGGUACAAAUGCCGUUCCCCUUUAGGAUUCCCUUUCCUUCCGUGGCCUCUUUCUACAGUAUAACCUGCUUCCUCAUGCUUGCUCUUCUCUACUCCUGUCUUAGGCCUGUGCAUAUAAUGAGAAGACAAUAGAUGUCAGAAGCACAUCUCUCCAACCUUUAUGUAUACUAGUGGAGGGAGAUUACUGAAAAAUAUUUUCUAUUUGAAUCAUUAAAGAAAUGUGCUUUCACUGCCUUCACACAAGUGUGCUUUCUGAUAAUAUUCUUGCAGGAUGUUCACUGGAACAAACAGAUCUAAACAAAUAUUCUAGAGUAUUCAUGGAAAUUGCAUUUUCACCUAGUAAACAUGACUAUUCUCACUCAAAAUCUGAUAUUAACAGAUAUCCUCAUUCAUCCUGGUGACCUAAAUGUCCAAUCAAAACAACUAAAAUUUCAAAUAUUAAAUAUUUACAGUUGGAGAUGGUCAAAAAAAUCCAAAAAUAAUUUUGUAAAAAAAUUCAAAAUGUUGAUCUUGUUUUUGUUUUGAUGUGCUCAGAAUGAAACUGUUACUCAUUUUUUGUAAAAUAUUUAUCAUUUUUCAAAAUGGUUAUCUAAAAUUUUCAUGUUCUGAAAAGUUAUUUUAAGAAAGUGAACAUUUCUAUAACCAUUUUGACAACACAUUUGACAUAUUUUCUUAAAAAAUUAAAGCGGCACAGCAUGUUUCAUAAAAACAAAUUUGACAACUGACAUUUUUUCACGAAAGAAAAUCAUUUUUGAAAAAGUCCAUCAUUGCAUGAAGAGUUUUGUCUGAAAAAUUUCAGCCAAAUAUAUUCACAAUCCAAUCCAAGAAUUAUUUGCUGAAAUUAAUUAUUCAGAAAAUAAUUUCAGCAAAAAGAAUUCAAGAAUAUUGCUGCAUGUUCACAGUUUGCAAACUGAAAGAGGCAAAAUUCAUCAUAAAAGUUAUAGCUAUGGAUUAUUCAGCCAACACUGGUGUCCAGUGUUGUGUAAACAGAAGGAUAGUAAGUCCAUAUAUCAUUCAGGAUAUCCAUGGGGAAGCAGUAUGAAAUAACUGAUUCAUUGUUUAAGUGAAAUCUCUGAAGUAAUUUUGCCUUUAAUAUUAUCUGUUGUUAAUAUCAUGCCAUAGGUGUACAUAGCACUUUAUAAACAAGUAUACGAACACUCCUCCACCAAGGAGCUUACAUUCUAGUGACAAAUCCUGCUAACCGUAUUCACAUAGCAGUAUUACUGAUUUCAAUGGAACUACUUGUAUAAAUCAGGUGAGGAGGAUUUGGCUUUUAAACCACACUAUAUAGUGCAGUGAGUGAAAACAAUAGGUAUGGAACUUUACUUCAGAGUUAGAAGUGAAGCUAUACAGUAGUUAGCCCAAUAGUUGCUGUUAAUUUAUAACUACAGUAGCAUGUGUAUCCUUAGAAAAAAUCCAGAAAUGUUAGCUAUGAACAUUGAAUUUGCUACAAAAAAAUCAAGAUAUAUCCUUCUCAGCUGACCUAGUCCUUGAUAAAGCUGUUCUUGCUUCCUGCUAAACUCAGAACUCUAAGAAAACAAAGUUCAGCUGUUUGCACAUAUGCAUUUGAUACACGCACACAGAGUGAAUUUCAUCUUUUCACACACAAGCCCAACUAUGUGCAGGUAACUAAAUGGAGGGUGAAAGAUGGAAUUCACCCCAGCUCAUGGGUAAACCACAGACUGCAAUGCAGUCUCUCCAUGGACACUUACUGUAACUGUUCCAACCAAUAAGCUGGAAUAGCCUCUGCUGUAUCUCCGCACAUUGUGCAGGGAUAUUGGGCCCUGGAUCCAAAAACUUAUAAAUCCUGAGACCUUACCUCCAGCCAUUCACACUCAGCAGCGAGACCAUCCCUCUGUAGCCCAUGAGGGUCACAGAGCUCCUAUUCCCAUCAUUGCAGGGCUUGAGCUUGGAGGGCCUUGAAUUUCCUCCUUUAUAAGCAAACUGCCUCAGACAGCCUAAAAAUUGUAUUAACAAUUAGCAAGUACAUCUUGAAAAUACUAUUUCCUGGUGUUUAUAAAUAAAUAGUUUUUUGACAGAAAUGUAAAUAUUCAUCCUGGAACUCGUACAUAUGUUUUGAAGGCAUUUUCUUCUGUAUUCAGCUGUAUAUAUGUGUAGAGUCUGCUUGCGAUGGAACAUUCUGUUAUGCAUGCAGCUGGGUUAGGCAUUAUGUUUGUUCAGUGCUUCAAAAGCCUUAAGCAUGUGUGCCCUAAUUUUUGAAUAUACGAGACUUUUUUAUGUCAGGUGAAAUAAAAUAUGAACUAAUUUUCUAUUUUUAUUAAUUUUCUGAUAAUGUACUUCACUAGCUCUUUACUACCAUGAUAUGGAUUUAGUAUUUUCUCAUUGCUCAAAAAAUAGAAUAUGCAAGCCACAUCUGGAAAGGAGGGAUAUGUAUGGUCCUAAAACGGACACACUGUCCCUCUAAUCCAAAAGUAUUUGUGUUGGACUGAAUAAGGUUAAAUAGCAACAGGCAAUGUUUUCAUUGGGCGUCCUUCAAUCAAAACAAAUAUUUGUGUUAAAGGUCAUUUUGUUUUGUUAAGAACAGAGCAAAUGACAAUUUAAGAGUGCUGGAUUUUUAAAUCACUUUAAUCAAAAUAUGAAUACAGUCAUAGUUGGUUUUGAUUGAAUUGUAGCUGAAGAAAGCACAUGUACCAAGAAGCUGGGGUGGGCGGGAGGGAAAAUGUCUCUUUUGGAGGAAUUUUUCACUGUAGCAUUUCCUGUCAGAUGACUUGGGAAUACUUCAGUGAGUACUCAAGAUUCAUUUUCCAUCUUUCCUAAUAUUUAGAUUCAGUGCAGAUAUUGAUUCUUUAUGGGGAUUUUUUUAAAACAUAGAUGGCAAGGGCAAUUUAUAAAUGAAGGAAGUAAUUAAUUAGAAAAGCGUGUUGAUAGCAACUGAACUUUAGGUGUAUCAUUAUAUGUGAAUGGCUGUAUUUAUGUAUUUAUUUGUCAAAAUUGUAUGUAUUGUUUUACCUACUGUAAGUGUCUGUAAAAGUGAAUUCUUUCAAAGUAUUAUUUAGGGUUUUGUGGGAUUGCCAGUCAAGCUGCUAAUCAAGAUACUAUUUUUUGUAUAAAUGUCAAAUUAAAAAAAAACAACGAACAAAUGAAGGCAAAUGAAAACCUGACAGUGUCAAUGUACAGUUUGCUUCUUCACCUCUCUCUUUCUCAACAUGUAAACUAUUAUCAGAAAGCACGAUGCUAAUGUAUAGGCCCAUCUGCCAUGAGAAAGAGCACUGUUCUGUAAAAGAUGAUUUUUUUUAAACAUUGGGAAAAAUAAACAAAAGGAGAAAUUA